AUGAUUAUUUUAGUUUUAUUCAGUGUUCAUCAAGGUGGGGUAUACUGUUAUGCGAGUGGUGGUGGACGUAUCAAUGCUUGUUUGGAGUUCAAGGAAAUGGUUAAAGAUUUGCACCUUGCAGGAAUCGAGGUAAUCAUGGAUGUUGUUUACAACCGUACAAAUGAAGUUGAUGAUAAAUACCCUUACACCACAUCAUUCUUAGGUAUACCAAGGUGCUUAACAUACAACAACUAUACAAAAUCAGCACCAUGUAUUGGGAUGACAAAUACGGGACCCACGGUGUUUCAUCGGAAACUGAAUCAAUGUCAGAUGCGUUUAAAGGAAAAACCAAUCAUGCUUCAAAGCAGUGUUGAGCAUUCUGGAGGUCAACGUGUGUGCCUUGACCUACAGAAACUGGACUGUGGUAGGUAUUGAAGGACAUAAUCCAAGUGGGCACUAUUUAAUUGCAACAAAAAUUGUUGAUUAUGUACCGUUAUCAGUCCCUGAUGAUGAAAAUAUUCCUCAAAAGUUGUGGAUGAAGAUAACAAGCCUGUUAAUUUAUCUGAUAUAACAUCAAAUUUAUCAUUGGCCCUUACACCACGACUGACAUCAGUUGCUUAUACUGUUAGGGCCUUUCAUUGAUUCGGAGCACCCCGAGAUCAAGAAAGAAGCUUUAAACAGGACUUAUGAUGAUUUAUUCCAUCUGCUGAGUCAACGCAGACAUGUUUUCAAAAUUCAAGUAAUAUUUUUCUUUUUUCUUUUUUCUUAAUUUAAUAUUUUUACGUUUGUGACAACAACUUUUAUCCUCUGUACCCACUCCUGUGGACUUGUCGCUUGCUCCAGAAGCCCCUUCAAAAUCGUCGAUGGUCCCGCUAGCUCCGCUGCUAGAAAUCCAGAUGAAAUUGCAAAACUUUUCCCAUCCCUGUUUGGGCAACCAUCACCAAUAUUGGUGCCAAGUGAAUCUAAUGAAUCAGGAUCUGCCGUGAAGAUAGGAGUUGUGUUGUCAAGAGGACAAGCACCAGGAGGACAUAAUAUUAUAUGUAGGAUUUUUGAUUACUUACAGGAAUGUUGUAAAGGUUCCAGACAUUCUCAUUGUUCCUUCAGACCUCACACACAAGUAAAGGAGGUGAAGAAGUGAAUUGUAUGUGUGUGAAUCCGAGAAGACUGGCGAGAGGCGAAGGAGGUACCCGUGACACAUCUUCUGCUUCAGUUAUUCAUAUAUAGAAGCAACAUUCAGACAUGUGAAACCUAAUCUUCUUUAACAUCAAUCUGACAUGUGAACCCUACUUUUCUAUUACUUCAAUUGUGAUUCCCAAACCUAAUGAGCCAUUUGUUUCAGAACUUCUUACAACUCUUCCAACAACCAUUAAUGAACAAGUUUCAUGGCUUGUUGGAGGAUUGGUUCUUACUGCAGG